AUGCUCUACACCCGGGAACUAGGGGUUGUCGCGGCUCUCGGCCUGCUGGCUCAGGCUGCCCCCGCGCCGAUCGAGCGUCGAUCUGUCUCCACCACCCUGCUGGACCAGAUGGACCUCUUUGCGCAGUACAGCGCAGCCGCUUACUGUUCGACCAAUAUCGACUCAGCAAGCACGGCCCUCUCCUGCUCUGCUGACAACUGUCCCCUGGUUGUGGCUGCUGCUCCCAUCGUGCUGGAUGAGUUCAACGAAACUGCUGAGUUCGGCGACACGGCGGGCUUCGUUGCUGUUGACUCGACCAACAAGGCUAUUGUUGUCGCCUUCCGUGGCAGCUCUGAUCUCUCCAACUGGAUCGCCAACCUCGACUUCGGCCUUACCGACGCGAGCAGCAUUUGCACUGACUGCGAGAUUCACAGUGGCUUCUGGAAAGCCUGGGAGACAGUUGCCAGCACUAUCACCUCCAAGGUCGAGGCGGCUGUCACCACUUACUCGGGCUACGACCUUGUCUUCACCGGUCACAGCUUGGGUGCUGCCCUCGCCGCGAUUGGUGCCACCGUCCUCCGCAACGACGGCUACACCGUGGACCUGUACAACUUCGGCCAACCUCGCAUCGGCAACCUCGCCCUGGCCGACUACAUCACCGACCAGAGCAAGGGCAGCAACUACCGCGUCACCCACACGGACGACAUCGUCCCCAAGCUCCCGCCGAAGCUGCUCGGCUACCACCACUUCAGCCCGGAGUACUGGAUCACCAGCGACACCGACGUGACCGUCACGACCUCGGACAUCACCGAGGUGACGGGAGUGGACUCCACCGCGGGCAACGACGGGACGCUCCUGGACAGUGUCGCCGCCCACAAGUUCUACUUCGAGUACAUCAGCGCGUGCGAUUAGUCGCGCUACUGCUCCCGGCGAUGCGGACGCUAGCCGCAGUAAAUAGGGAUAGGAGUAAUAAUUG